CCCCGAGUUGCGAGGGAACAAGUGAUAUCACAUGCCACACCCUCCCUCCGCCAGCAGUAUACAUUCUUUGUUAACCCACAUUACAAAUCUUUUUGAAGACUGAAGCCCGAUUGCGCAUGGGCAGUCUCGUGUGAUCUCACUUGUUCCCUCGGAGAAUAAACAAAACUUCACCUUACAGAUGUAUCUCUGGCCAAAACGACGGAAACUGAAGCUGAUGGCGGUGAUGACGAUCGUCUGUGUCGUGUGCUUGUAUUAUGUCCGACUAAAGCGAGGCUGGAGUAUCAAAAUAUACAGACAUUCUGGUUACCAUGGUAACAACAGUGAACCCCAAAAGGAGUUCCAUCCUUGCAUAAAAUCGGACGUGACAGAUCGCAACUUAGUAGGACGUGAUCUAACUGACGACAACUUGAAAGAGUAUGUUACGUCCGGUGUUGUUAUGAAAGAUUUCAAAUUCCUCGUCAAUUCUGACGUUUGUAAAUUCGCUCAGUCCGUCUACCUGCUUGUCAUAGUUCCGUCUAAACCGUCUAAUUUUGACGAACGCGCAGCAAUACGGCAGACGUGGGGUUCACGGUUCAGAAAGCAGGUAAAUCUGAAGCUGAUAUUUCUGUCCGGGAUGUCAGCAUCCGACACCGAGACCCAGAUUGCCAAGGAACAGGAGGCCCACGCCGACGUUGUUGAAGGUAAUUUUAUCGACACGUACAGAAACCUGACGCUUAAAACUACGGCAAUGUUACAAUGGUCAAAUCAGUUCUGUUCUCAAGCCCAGUACGUAAUGAAGGUUGAUGACGAUGUGUUUCUUGAAACAGAUAACCUGCUCUCAAAGCUGCACCUUCUGGAUGCAGAGUCCCGAUUCAUAUUAGGAUACACAGACAUUGGAGAAGCACCUCAACGCAACUCAACAAACAAGUGGUAUCUAUCGUAUGAACAAUAUCCAUUUGCGCGAUUUCCUCGUUUCGUACAUGGGCCCGCAUACGUGAUCUCGCGAGAUUUGGUGAAGGACCUGUACGAGAUUGCCCGUCAUGCACCACCGAUACAUCUCGAGGACGUAUAUGUCACUGGGCUGUGUGCACAUAUUGCGCGAGCUACUCACGUGGGUACGUGUGGAAUUUAUCUUGAACCGACAGAAGAGCGCGAGUGGUUUCACACAGAGUCUGUUGUCGCUGCCCAUGGGUAUACGCCAAAUUCAAUGAGAUAUCUAUGGAACAAACUGGAAACAUGGCGUCAUUUGCUUCCUGUUUUGAGAUUCAUAGGGACUGUUUAUGGUUAUUAAAAUGAAUUGUCACAAUGAUCUUGUAUCAUUAGAUUCGAAUAAAGGGUAACAAGUAGACUCAUGUAUACAAAA